AUGGAUUCCUGGCUGGAUAUUCAGAAGCGAAACCGUACCCUGCAAAUCCUGCGUUCAGCAACUGUGGGAAAGUAUGGAGUCUUGGCAAUAAUCUGUUACAAUAUUGAGCACCUGACAGCUCUUGUUCGUGCUGCCGAGGCAAAGAAGUCGCCUCUCAUCCUUCAGCUCUUCCCCUCAACCGUCAGCCAGCUGCCGACUCUAGCAUGGGCUGCAGCGGCAGCAGUCAAGUCGGCGAGUGUGCCGCUUUCGUUGCAUCUAGACCAUGCGCAGGAUGAAACGCAGAUCAGAGAGAUUGCUGCAACUUUACCAUUUGACUCGAUCAUGGUGGACAUGAGCCAUUAUGAUCAUGAUGAGAACUUGAAAAAGACAAAGAUUUUGACGAGAGUUUGCCAUGACCGCGGCAUUGCCGUCGAGGCUGAGAGCGGGCGAAUUAACGGAGGAGAAGAGGGUAUUGCAGACACGGGAUCUCUAGAAGCACUCUUUACUACACCCGAGGAAGUGGAAGACUUCCUUGCUGCUGAAAUUGACCUUCUUGCACCGAGUAUAGGCAACAUCCACGGCGACUACGGGCCAGCCGGGCCUCAACUCGACUUUGACAGGCUAUCCAAGGUCAACAGUCAGAUCAAUAGUCGAGUGGUGAUGGCGCUGCAUGGCACCAACGACUUCGCGCCCGAAAUUAUGCAGCGUUGCAUUCAACGUGGCGCGAUUAAACUCAACAUUAAUAAGCUCAUCUUAGACAGUUGGAAUGUCUAUGUGAAGGAGCAUGCGCAAGAGCCGCUGAUGCAGCUCAUGGAUGGUGGCAUGGAUGUACUUCAAGCUGAGGUUGAGCGGUGGAUGGAUAUCUGCGGAAGCAGUGGGAAAGCGUAG